CUCUCUCUCUCUCUCUCUCUCUCUCCUUAAUUUAGCUCACAAAAGAAAGAGAAAAAAAGGAUUCUAACUCAAAACCAGAAAGGAAAGGGAGAAAUUUGCAACAAAAAAAGAAAGCAAAGAAGGAGCAAUGAGUGUUUUACACAGUAGUCAGAAUCUAAUGUGUUCAGAGAUGGAAGUGAUGAUGAUGGACUCAUCAAAUAACUUGGCUUGUUGGCCCCCUUCAAGCCCAGAAGUGGAAAUGAUGUUAGAGAGGUACAUUUGUAAUUAUGGACCAUCAUCAUCAUCACUACCGUCCAUUUUUAUGAAGGAAGAAGAGUUUUCAUCAGAUCAGGAAUCAGAUCAUCAAGCUCAACAUUUUGAUCAAGCUUUUCUUGAUCGUGAUGGCACUACUACAAUUAAUGUCAACACCAUUGAUAGGAAUAAUCUCGUUAGGCAAAGUAGCUCUCCGCCUGAGUUUUUCUCUCAUUUAACCCCCCACAACAACGGAUUUACUGCUAUGAGAGGAGACGGUAGACUUGGUAAUGAUCAAUUAAAUUUCUCAUCUGGAUCACCUACAUGCUCAAGGAAAAUGCCCCAGAUUGCUGAAAAUGGGAAUGAUUCUAAUUGGGAUAAUAAUUCUUCACUCAAUGGCCUCGAAAGAACCCGAGAUCACAAUGAUGUGAAGAUGUUUUCUAGUUCAACUGCAUUAGAAAUUCAGCAACAGAACACAGUUUUGGCGCAUCAUUUGAGCUUGCCGAAGGAUUUUGGGAUGCCUAGUAGAGAGAAGGUCUUGCAUUUUCAGGGCUCUGUUCCUUGCAAAAUUCGAGCCAAAAGAGGCUUUGCCACUCACCCGCGCAGCAUCGCAGAGAGGGUGAGAAGAACUCGGAUUAGCGAAAGGAUGAGGAGAUUGGAGGAUCUUUUUCCAAACAUUGACAAGCAAACAAGCAUAGCUGACAAGUUAGAAUUGGCAGUUGAAUACAUUAAGGACCUUCAGAAGCAAGUUAAGACGCUUGCAGAUACGAAGGCCAAUUGCUCGUGUUCAAGUAAACAAAAGCAGCAUUCAAAUCCUUGUGGAUGAUUUGUUCAUUGUAGAUGUAGAAGAAAAAUAAUGAUUUUCAGGGUAUUGAAGAUAUUGUUAGUAAUUCGGAAUAAUGAACCUGUAUUGUAUUGUAUCAGCUAGGUUUAGGUCAAUAACUAGGCUCCUCCUUUUCAAAAUUUUCCAUGCAAACAAAGUGACAGAAAAAAAGAAAAAAAAAAAGUAAAGAAAAGAGGAAAGGGGAGAAUUUCUGUCUUCUCAAGGGUCUUAAUAUUAUUGUUUUAGCAA